AUGCCUCUGGUUGUUGAAAUCUGGAACAAAGAAGUCAGAGGUAAUGCUAUAUGGGUAUUUCACCAGAAAAUGAAAUCCCCGAGUCAUGCUCUAAGUCUGUGGUCUAGACAACAACAUGGGAACAUCUUCCAAAAAGUCAAAGAAUUUGAACAAAAAGUGAAAGAUGCAGAGAUUACAUGGGCUCAUACAAACAAUGACAUUGACAGAGAAAAUCUCAAUGAACUCAAGGCCCAAUAUGUCAGACACUUAAAGGUGGAGCAGGAUGUAUUGAAACAGAAAACUCAACUCCAAUGGUUCAAGGAAGGGGAUGCCAAUUCAAGGUAUUUCCAUAGCCUAAUCAGAGGGAGAAGAAGGAAGCUGUACAUCCACAAAAUCAAGAAUGAGGAAGGGGAAUGGAUCCAAGGUGAUGAGAACAUUGGAAAGGUUGCCUGUGAGUACUUCCAUGAACUAUUCUCUGACAAUGACUCAAUCAUCAGGGAAGAUUUACUCUCCAUCAUCCCAACCAUGAUUACCAAUGAUGACAAUGACAAUCUUACCAAAGAUCAAUCAAUGAUAGAACUGAAGGAAGUUGUCUUUUCCAUGAAUCCCUCUAGUGCAGCAGGCCCUGAUGGCAUGAAUGGGAAAUUCUUUGAGGCAUGCUGGGAAGUGAUUAAGGAAGACCUCCUCAAUGUUGUUUUGUCUUUCUUCAAGGGCAUCCCAAUGCCUAGAUAA